CACCAAUCUGGGGAAGCUGCCCCAGAACAAAGCUUAAUUUCUACCAGGUUCAGUUCAAACUCUUGUGCUCGGAACUCGGUUCUGCAGGCGGAAAAGCAGGUCCCCCUUCCAAUGCCAGGAGCUCUCCAAGGCCUGCUGGGCCUGGCAUCCUUGGCGUUUCACUUGGAAGUCCCUCCAGGUCCCCAAUGACCAGUUCCCGGGCCCUUUCUGGCCAAAGGAGGGGGGGGUUGUCCCCAGUUGCCAUCCCCAAAUCCACUCCGGGGAGGACCAGCCUGGCCAGCCACAGGCUCCCAGCACACCCACCCGGAGAGAUCCGGGAGGGCCGGGAGAGGGGAUCCAGCCGUACCCAGGCCAGCCUGUGUGCGUGGUUCCACUGUGCUGCGUGAUUUGGCUGGGCUUGCAGACCUGAGUUUGCACAAAACGAAGGUCUCCCUCCUUCAGCCUUAGUGUGAUGAGUGGGCCCUGCCCGCCCCCCAGUGCAGCAGCAGCGCCUCCUUUGACCCUGAGCAUCCAGGGCGCUUGCGCCACAGGCUGGAGAGGAGGACUGCAGAGGUGCUGUGGCAGGUCCCACUCUUGGGGCAAAAGCCUGCAGGGACUGGCGGGGUUGGCCGGUUGCAGGGCACCCACCUUCCCUUCCAAAGACGGUAUCUGAUCGCCCAGUGCGGCUGCCGUACUCCCCCCCCCUCACGCUGGCUCCCUUUCUUCAUGCAGCUCUGAGGACUUGGAGGAUGGCCCACUUCAGCCUUGGCCUCUUGGUGUGCCUCGCGCUCGGACAACUGACAGCCAGUGCCCAAGCUGGCUCCUGCCGCAAUGGCUGGCUCUCCCACAACGGGCGUUGCUACGGUUACUUCGCACAGGAGUUGAGCUGGUCCCGGGCCGAGGCCUUCUGCCAGCACUACCACGGCCACUUGGCCUCCAUCCUGGACCCAGGGGAGCACCGAGCCGUUGCUAACUUCUUGAAAAAGGUGCAGGAGUGGGAGGACGAGGAGGAGGACGUCUGGCUGGGACUCUCCUUCUCACCGCACAGCUGGGCCUGGGCCUGGGCAGACGGCAGCCCCCUGGGCUACACUGCGUGGGAAGAGGCUGACCGCCACGACUGGGACGACAACUGUGCUGCCCUGGACGACUCUCACGGAUUCAUGCUGUGGGACAACGAAUCCUGCUCCGACAAGAACCCCUUUCUCUGCAAGGUGUAGGCAGGACCCCAGGAGCCCUUUCCGGCUGCCACUACCGCAGGGGCCCUGCAGGGAGGCCAGCCCCAAAUCUGCGCCCCCACCCGCGGACAAAGCCCAGAGCUGCGCGCCCGCCUGCCCGUCCUUCCCUCAUCAUCUCCUCCGCAUUGCCCUCACCUUUCCGCGUCUGCGCCCGUCUCACAAUAAACCUCUCCUGAGCACGUG